AUGGCUUGGGCUUUUGCAGUGGCGCGGGUGGCCCAUGAGCCUUUGUUUUCAGAGCUCUCCGAUUUCAUGGCGCAGCACGCGAGCGUGUUUGAGGCCCAGUAUGUGGCAAACUUCGCAUGGGCAUAUGCUACUCUGGACAUCGCAGAUGCAUCGGCUUGGAAAGCUGUGGCCCGUGAGUGCAAGGGUGGCAGGUUGUGGCGUUAUCGACCCGACGAGCUGUGUGCGGUCUGCUGGGGAUUUGCGAAAAUCCGCUGGGAGGAUGAGGAGCUCAUCGGUGACAUGGCCCAAGUCGCAUCUCACAGGAUAUCCGAAUUAGACACGCACUCCCUGAUCAAUCUGCUCUCCGCAUUUGUCGUGCUGCGUGACCAUCAAGGCGAGGCCGGUGCUUCUGAGUUACAUGUGGAAAGUAGUCCCUCGCCCUAA